AUGUCUCUCCCCAGCCCAUCCUUCAAGUUUUGUGACUGCGGUCUUGGCAGUGACAAGAAGAUUUUGAACUGCCGUUGCACCGACUCUACUGGAACUAAGCAGCCUUCUUCGCUGAACCUUGCUUGUCCUGCUGAAGCCUCGCGCCGGCUACAGCUGAAUUUGGUUCGAUCAAACAGAGUGAUGGGAAACCCUCAAGGCCCAGAAGACUGGGAGCUGAUCGAGAGAUACAUACUCUAUCAGAGGCAUUUCAAAUCCCGUCAUCUGGCCAGGUGCACCCUUUGCGCCUGUCCUCUGCAUCCGGCCGCGUCCAUACCAGACCGCGAACAGACUGGGCCUAGGCGUAGAAGUCAGGCCGAUCUUAGUAAGAACGAUUCCGACAAGCUGCUGCCGUGUCUAGCUGAUUGUCGAGACCUUGCCAAUAUCCCAGCUAGCUCAGAGGCUGAGAUUGAAGAGGCUGUCUACAAUAGCCCAGGCAGUAAAUGUGGCCCUGCAUCCUGGUCCUGGAAGGCAUCUCCAGGUUUCUGCUCGUUGAUGCGAAAGUGGAAGCUCAACUUCGAUGCCGCUGGUGUGGUGCACCCCAGCCCUACAGACGCCCUUAAGCCACAGAGAAUCGUAGUCAAUUCACCACGAGACAUAGGCUCAAGCCCACGGCCAUCUUUUGGUAUUGAUUUGAUAGCAAAGGCUCAGACUUGCUCCAAAUAUGUCGGUCGAGAGCCCACAUCCGAAGCUCCAAAUGCCAUGUGA